CAAGAAAUGCAGCGGCGGAGAUAUUCUAAAGUAGCACCGGUGGUGGAUACAAUCAGUAGUUUACCAGAUUCGAUUCUGAGCCGCAUUCUCUCUCUUCUCCCCAUCAAAGAUGCAGUUGCCACAAGUGUUCUGUCAAAGAGAUGGAUUCAUCUAUGGCAUUUUGUUGACAACAUCGACUUCCCCGAUACCAUCACAUUGAAUAACAUUCAAUCUACUCACAUUUUUAACAACUUUAUGGACUCCGUUUUAAUCUCUCGUGACGCUGCCGGUUCUCAAUUCAUCAACAAUUUCAGCCUCAAAAUUGAAUACAAUAACAGUAAUCUUGCAUGUAAUUUAGGGUUUCCCAAUGUCACCAAAUGGGUCGACCUUGUUGUUCAACGUGGACUCAAGUAUCUUUGUCUCCAUCUCGAGGUAUAUGCCGACGAUGAUAGUGAUAGUGAUGAUGAUGUGAUUGGUCACAAACCCACAUUGCCCAUAAGUAUUCUCAGCUGCAAAACCCUUUUAAGUCUCGACCUUGCUCGAUUCCGUGUGGAAGGUCUUACAUUGUCUUCCCUUGGAUUUGGAUUUCCAUCACUCAAUGUACUUCAUUUGAAUGGUAUUGUCUUUCAAACAGUUCAUGAUUUUAAGUUGCUUCUAGCCGGUUGUCCACAUCUUGAGUAUCUACGAGCCGAAGAUAUAGACUUCUAUUAUCGGGGAGAUUAUCUUACCAUUCAAGAGUUUGAAAGCUUAAGCUUACCCAAAUUGAUUAGUGUAGUUAUCACUCAAUGUUGGUGUUCAUGUUUUCCGGUGAAAGCACUUUCUAAUUCGGAGUAUUUGUGCGCAGAGACUUCGAUGUUAUGCACAAAAGACCACAAAGUCCACAAGUAUCAGCUGCUGCAAUGUCCUCGCUAUGAUAUUCCUAUCUUUCAUAAUUUGACCCACUUAGAGCUCCACGAUAGGUUGGAAUUGGUACCACAAAUGCUCCAACACUGCCCCAAGCUUCAAAAACUCGAACUUCACCAGGCCUCAUUUGAGAUGCGGGGGAAUCAAGAAGAUGUUCUGCAAAAUUGGGUGGAACCAGAAGUUGUCCCACAAUGCCUUUCAUCACACCUUAGAAGUUGCACUCUUCAUAAAUUUUUAGGCUUACAAAGUGAGCUUAUGUUAAUAAAUUAUAUUUUGAAGAAUGCAAGAAAUUUACAAAUCAUGAAAAUGCAGAACAUAAGAGAUCAUCCUGAAAUAGAAACAGAAUUGUCCACAUGCCCAAAGGCCUCUGCAACAUGUCAAUUUAUAUUUGUUGAUAACAUAUAGACAAUGUAAAUUGUAGUUUCUCUA